GCAUUAUCGAACACCUGUUGUCUCCAUCAUUCGCGUAGUAAUAUUUGGAAAUUGAUAAGUGAAGCUUAUCAAAUUUCGCCAAUGCUUGACCCUGGUAUAAAAGCUAAGCCUCCAGGCAUUGGGAAGCCAACAGUUGAUCCUGCUUUAACACCUAGUGUACACCCCGACCCAGACUCUCCAAACUACCAACAAGAUGUUCAAGUACCUGCUUUUGGCUGCGCUCAUCCCAGCAGUUAUGCUGCAGAACGCCGACAACGUCGACCACGAAUCAUGGCCCCAGGUUUCCAUCCGCCCAUGCGCCGGAGUUCGCCCACCACCCCGUCAAGUGCGCAUUGAGGAUUGCGUUGAGCUGCCAUGCCUGCUGCCCCGUGGACGUGACGCCAACAUGGCUAUGGAUUUCACCGCUGUCCAGGAUGCUUCCAACCUGAACACCGUUGUGACCGCUACUGCUCUGGGAAUCACUGCCCCCUAUGAGCUGCCAGCUGAGCGUGCCGCUGCUUGCAACUGGCUGGUGCAAUCCCGUUGCCCAAUCUCGGCCGGAGAGGAUCUGACCUACCACCUGAGCAUGCCCGUGACUGCUAUCUACCCACUGGUCAGUGUGACCAUCGAAAUCGAUGUCGUUGACCAGACCGGACAGUCCCACGGAUGCUUCGUCGUCGAUACCCGUGUGGUUGCUAACUAAGGUGUGCUUCGGUCAGUUUUAAUUGAGUCUCGUAGAAUAGUGUCGUGUUAUUCUACAAGCUGUCACAAUUAAUUUAUUAUAACGAAAUAUAGGGGAGUUGAUCAGCUGUGUCAAACAAUAAACAA